UUUGGGGGUAUGAAGACACAGACGGCUGGUGUGGAAUGUCUGUGUCGUCAUAUUACCUUACAGACUGUCUUCUGCAGGAGUUUCAGAGGCAGGAGCCAUCAAUCACGCAGCUCUUACAGGGCACAUUUGGACAGGUGUUGAGAUCCGACCACACCCGGAAGAUUGCCAGGAAAGUCACUCUUACAUCAGGCACAAUGUCAUCUUAUGCUGUGAUGAACGAGAACUGGAUGAUCAUCUCUUGGGUGAUGGUGCAGUCCGAGAGUGAAAGGUCUUUGGAGCCCAUGUAUGAAGGUCUGGCCACACGCUACACUGCUGCUGGAAUUGAAAAGGCCAAUUACCAUUGGGUGGACAGGGACUGCUGUGCAGCCUUCAGGGUCCAGAAUUCUCAUCCAGCUGAGCACCUUUUGAGGGAAGCCUGGAGGACUACAGAGGCUACUGUUGCAGAGGUGACAUCCGGGGACUUGACCAACAUCUGUGCUUCGAGGUCAAAGUUUAAUGAGUUCAUCUCUGUAAAGCUGGACUUGUUCCACUGUAUGAGACGAUUCUGCCGGGAGUGUGUCUCAGAGCAUCAUUCCUUAUACAGCUCUUUCUGUCAGUUCCUCUCGGCUGCCUUCACAAUUGUGGAUCAGCAGGAUCUGAAGAGACUGAAGGAGGCCUAUGUCUUCUGUGGGAUCGUGCCAGCAAAUCCAACAAAGCAGCAUAUCCGGGAGCACUGCAGGACAAAGAUCCCUCAGCCACGAGAGCUUGUGAAGAGAGUGGAAGAAGUUCUCCUUCACUUCCACCUGUUAAAAGAUGUAAAUGACAUCCCUCUCUUCAAACCGUCCAUGCUGAAAGCCUGGAGGAUCCAGCGAGUCCACAUGCUGAGGGGCUGUCUCAGUGACCCAGAACAGGAGGAUGGGAUUCUGUACAGAUACGGUGGCACGCUGCAACUCAACCAUGUCCAGGGUGAAGGGGCAUCUGUGCCCGUGUGGAUUCCAAUCAGAGGCACUUCACAGCAAGAGGGCUACCACUUCCACCAGGCUCAGUGGGUGACUGGGAACAAAGUCUCCCCAGAGUUAUUUCAGGCCCAGGGUAUGACUGGUGUGGCACGCUGGAAUUUCCAGAGAUUGGUGGAUCUCAAACAGCCGGGUGUGGUUUUGCCUGCAGUGUUUGACCCACUACUGAUCACAGACUUGAACAUGGCCUCUGUGAAUGUGACGGGGAGCGCCAAAUAUCCAGCACUACAAGUCUCCAACAGGGACACGGGAGAGAGGUUUGGACUCGAGUACGUUGAGCAAGGGUGCCGUGCUGUUCCUCUCGACUGGGAAAAGCACAGAUCUCAGAAGAGGACAGACAUGUCCGUAUUCCUGACCCCUCUCCCUGUUGAGAAAUGUCAACCCUCAGCAACACAGCUGCCGCCGACUGUCAGAUUUCCUGAUUCUGCAGCUCCUGCUACUGAGGCUUUAAAGAGAGAAAGCACUGAGGAGCCCCAGAUGGACAUAGAUCUGCCCUGCACACCUCCACUGCCUAUGACCGCCUCACCAAGAAGUGCACGCACGGGGCCUAUCAAGACUGGUGGCCGGGUCUUUGUGUUGGACCACAAUCGGUGGCCUGGCCCAAUGAGGGUGGCUAUUGAUGGUCUGCUUGCCAGGCAUCAUGGACAGAAGGACAUGCUGAAACUGGUGGACUUUGACUAUGCUUCCAUGGUGCAAAGUUCAUGUGCAGACCCCAACAGCCUGCUUCACCCAACCACCAAACACCACAUUGGAAGGUAUAUUAAACACCUGGCCAAAUUAAAAAACACCAGUUCCUCCCCUUAA